AGUCAUGCAGCAAGAGAGGAAAUUUAACCUGGACCGAAUUACAGAGAACACCCCGCUGCAAACUCUCGUGUUUGUGCGAAAACAGACAAUAGUCAUUACUUUCCCCGCUAGCAUAGUUUAUAAUGAUCACAUUAGGGAUUCGCUCAGAGCAAUGACAAUGUUGGGAAUGUAUGUGCCAGAUAGAUUUUCUUUGAAAUCAUCUAAUGUCCAGGAUGGAAUCGGGCUUUACACGGCGAGACAAGUGAAAAAGGGGGAAAAGUUUGGCCCUUUUGCUGGAGAGAAGAAACUACCAAGUGAGCUGGAUGAGAGCACAGACACCAGACUGAUGUGGGAGGUCCGAGGUAAUAAAGGCGAUGUGCUCUAUGUUUUGGAUGCCAGUAACCCUCGCCAUGCCAACUGGCUGCGUUUUGUCCAUCAGGCGCCAUCACAAGAGGAGAAGAACCUGGCAGCAAUCCAGGAUGGAGAGAAUAUCUUCUACCUGGCAGUGGACGACAUUGAGACAGACACAGAGCUGCUGAUAGGCUACCUGGACAGUGAUAUGGAGGAAGAGUCAGAGGAGGAGGAAGAGGAAAUCAUCAAAUAUGAAGAUGAAAACAGCAAAGAUGCCAAACAUCUCGUUGAAAUGGAGCUGGUGAUCAAGAAGGAGGACCACCCGUGCCUGCUGUGUGAGAGCAGCUUCCCUAGCGAGGAGAUCCUAGCAGCCCACCUCCAGAGCCUGCACCAGAGACCCAGUACUGAGGAGAAGGAGUACAAGUGCAGGAACUGUGGCAAGAAGUUCCCCAUCAAACAAGCCCUGCAGCGCCAUGUUCUGCACUGUGCAGAGACCCUGGGUCCUUCAGGAGACUCUUCUAGAGCCCACCACCAGUGUUCCAUCUGCUACAACACCUUCAGCUCAGAGUCCAGUUAUGACCAGCACAAGGAGGCAUGUAGAGGAGACGCCAGGUUCAUCUGUAAGGCUGAGAGUUGUGGGAAGAGGUUCAAGAGCAAAGACUCUCUGAAGAAACACAAAGGGAACGUCCACACAGGAAGUUCCAGGCGGAAGCUCAUGUGCACCAUCUGCAACAGGAAAUGUUCCUCCUUACUGAACCUCCAGGAACAUCGCAAGGUACAUGAGAUAUUCGACUGUGCUGCCUGCGACAAGAAAUUCAUCUCGACCAAUCAGCUUAAGCGCCACAUGAUCACUCACUCAGAGAAACGUCCGUAUACCUGUGAGGUCUGCAGUCGUUCGUUCAAGCGUCUGGACCAGGUGACGGCCCAUAAGAUCAUCCACAGUGAGGAAAAGCCCUACAAGUGUAAGCUGUGUGGGAAGGAGUUUGCCCACAGGAACGUCUAUAAGAACCACAAGAAGACUCACUCAGAGGAGAGGCCGUUCCAGUGUGAGGAGUGCAAGGCCCUGUUCCGCACCCCCUUCUCUUUACAGCGCCACCUGCUCAUCCACAACAGUGAGAGGACAUUUAAGUGUGAUCAAUGUGAUGCCACCUUCAAGAGAAAAGACACGCUCAACGUGCACAUCCAGGUGGUACACGACGGACACAAGAAGUACAAGUGUGACCUGUGUGAGAAGGCCUUCGUCACCCCCUCUGUUCUCAAGAGCCACAAGAAGACGCACACAGGGGAAAAGGAGAAGAUCUGCCCAUAUUGUGGACAGAAGUUUGCCAGCAAUGGAACUUUGAGGGUUCACAUCCGCAGCCAUACAGGUGAGCGCCCAUACCAGUGCCCGUACUGUGACAAAGCAUUCAGCAAGAAUGAUGGUCUGAAGAUGCACAUCCGCACACACACUCGGGAGAAGCCAUAUAAAUGCAGUGAGUGUAACAAGGCCUUCAGUCAGAAGAGAGGUCUGGACGAACACAUGAGGACCCACACCGGAGAGAAACCCUUCCAGUGUGAUGUGUGUGAUCUGUCGUUCAGUCUGAAGAAGAUGCUGAGCAGGCACAAGCUGACCCACAACCCCAACAGGCCCAUGGCAGAGUGCUCGCUGUGCCAUAAGAAGUUCACCAGGAAUGACUACCUCAAAGUGCACAUGGAGAACAUUCACGGAGAGACCGAGGGCUAAGGAACCCAUCUAUUUGAGACAGUUUACUAAAGAUAAAGAUACAGUAUACUAUAUUUACAGUGUUAUACAUACAGGAUGACUUGCUAUGCAUUUCAUAUGUAGCAAUAAGCAGUGUUUGUUGCUAUUAAAUACUGUAUAUGCAGAAUAUGGAAAAUAUUUAAAUAUUGAAACAAAUCCUGUACGUAUGAAUUAUGGAGUAUGAACAUUAGAUAUUCAAUUCACAGGGAUUUUUGGAUGAGGCACAAGACCCACACAGUUCUGAUCUGCUUCCAAACUGCCAUUUUCUCCCUGUUUGCCAUUUACAUUCAAUUUAAUUUUGAUAUGAAAUUUUGGGAUUGACAUUUCCAGACUAUGCAGCACAAUACAAUAACUAGCCUAGUUCAAAAAGUCUCUACCCCACCGUCUGCUUCUCGGUUCCCACCUCAUGCCAACCAUACAGUGCCUUUACCACCUCUGCUCAGGUGUCUUACUCUGCAACAACUAUUGUGACCAGGUACAAACUUUCCAAAGAGUUUCCCUUCCUCCAUCCCACGCAUUGCCUGGAAAAGCAAUGCAUUACCAUUGUCAAAGUUACUGUUACAGUUUGUCAAAAGAAGAAUGUUUUUUUUAUGGUUAUUUCAUAUUCUGAGGGAUCAAGUAGUUUCUUUGUGUUUACACUCCUGUUUUUGUAAUCCUGUAUGUUAAAUGGGAAAUGUAUUUAAUGGAUGAUGCAGUUAUGUUUGUUUCUCUGUAGAUUUUAUAUGACCAGACCAUAGCCUUCCUGUAUUCCACAGACUGUUACACAUUCCCUCUCUUUUACUGUUCAUCUCAAACUGUGAAUAUUUCACAUCACACUUCCAUGUUUUUACUUCAUAAAAGCCUCAUUACCUACAAAACAGACAUUUCCUCUGUCCAUUCUAAGUGCGUGUUGGUUAACUGUUGACGUUGGGGAAUUUCGGAAACGCUUUGAGAGUUGGUUAAAAUUGUUGACUUUUGUUGUUGUUAAUUUAACUCUUAUUCUUGGGUUGGCUGGGAGUCUGCUGGGAGCCUGAGGUAAUUUAAUUGCUUUUUUCAGAGGCCACAGUCAUCACUCUGAUCACCACCUGAUCUAAAGCCACCCACUAAAGAGUCUCUCUGAUGUUUGCUCUACUCUCUGCUCCCUCUAUAGAGGGACUCACUCGGACUCAUUUCUCAAACUCAUCCACUGCUGAUGAGUUUUACUGAGUCUGUGAGAAUCUCCUGAAUGGCAGUUGGAUGCUUGAGCUGGAAGUCUCUCUAAACGUGUCAUCAAAUAGGCUGCGGUGCUGUUGAAGUGGCUAUAAAUCCUGUCAUGUUUGACAGUCAGUCUCCUCAAAAUCACACUCCGGUUUAUAAAACCAAUAGUCGUUAUGUCUAUUUUCUGUGUUUGGGUGCUUGUUUACGUGGAUAUGGUGUAAAAUCAAUCAAUAAAUCAAUGUAGAAAACUAGUAACACCUAUCCCCCCCAGAGAACGAUUAGGCCUAUGCUGCUCUUGGGUUAGACUUUGCUAAACUCAUGGGAGAUGGUGGAUAUGGAAUGAGA